AUGGCCUCAGGGGAGGUUAACUCUGUGGUGCUGAGUGGACAGGGCCUCGGGGCAGGUCGACCCCCCCACCCCUCACCCUACUACCAGGUCGACCCCCCCACCCCUCACCCUACUACCAGGUCGACCCCCCACCCCUCACCCUACUACCAGGUCGACCCCCCCACCCCUCACCCUACUACCAGGUCGACCCCCCCACCCCUCACCCUACUACCAGGUCGACCCCCCACCCCUCACCCUACUACCAGGUCGACCCCCCACCCCUCACCCCCAACCCUACUACCAGGUCGACCCCCCACCCCUCACCCUACUACCAGGUCGACCCCCCCACCCCUCACCCUACUACCAGGUCGACCCCCCACCCCUCACCCUACUACCAGGUCGACCCCCCACCCCUCACCCUACUACCAGGUCGACCCCCCACCCCUCACCCUACUACCAGGUCGACCCCCCACCCCUCACCCUACUACCAGGUCGACCCCCCACCCCUCAACCUACUACCAGGUCGACCCCCCACCCCUCACCCUACUACCAGGUCGACCACCCACCCCCCCACCCCUCACCCUACUACCAGGUCGACCCCCCACCCCUCACCCUACUACCAGGUCGACCCCCCACCCCUCACCCUACUACCAGAUCGACCCCCCACCCCUCACCCUACUACCAGGUCGACCCCCCACCCCUCACCCUACUACCAGGUCGACCCCCCACCCCUCACCCUACUACCAGGUCGACCCCCCACCCCUCACCCUACUACCAGGUCGACCCCCCACCCCUCACCCUACUACCAGGUCGACCCCCCACCCCUCACCCUACUACCAGGUCGACCCCGCACCCCUCACCCUACUACCAGGUCGACCCCCCACCCCUCACCCUACUACCAGGUCGACCCCCCACCCCUCACCCUACUACCAGGUCGACCCCCCACCCCUCACCCUACUACCAGGUCGACCCCCCACCCCUCACCCUACUACCAGGUCGACCCCCCACCCCUCACCCUACUACCAGGUCGACCCCCCCCACCCCUCACCCUACUACAAGGUCGACCCCCCACCCCUCACCCUACUACCAGGUCGACCCCCCACCCCUCACCCUACUACCAGGUCGACCCCCCACCCCUCACCCUACUACCAGGUCGACCCCCCACCCCUCACCCUACUACCAGGUCGACCCCCCACCCCUCACCCUACUACCAGGUCGACCCCCCCCACUCCUCACCCUACUACCAGGUCGACCCCCCACCCCUCACCCUACUACCAGGUCGACCCCCCACCCCUCACCCUACUACCAGGUCGACCCCCCACCCCUCACCCCCAACCCUACUACCAGGUCGACCCCCACCCCUCACCCUACUACCAGGUCGACCCCCCACCCCUCACCCCCAAUUCUACUACCAGGUCGAACCCCCCACCCCUCACCCCCAACCCUACUACCAGGUCGACCCCCCCACCCCUCACCCCCCACCCCCAACCCUACUACCAGGUCAACCCCCCUCACCCCCCAUCCUACUACCAGGUCGACCCCCCCACCCCUCACCCCCAACCCUACUACCAGGUCGACCCCCCCACCCCCCCCACCCCUCACCCCCCAUCCUACUACCAGGUCGACCCCUCACCCCCAACCCUACUACCAGGUCGACCCCCCCUCACCCCCCAACCCUACUACCAGGUCAACCCCCCUCACCCCCCAUCCUACUACCAGGUCGACCCCCCACUCCUCACCCCCAACCCUACUACCAGGUCGACCCCCCCCACCCCCCCACCCCUCACCCUCAACCCUACUACCAGGUCGACCCCCCACUCCUCACCCCCAACCCUACUACCAGGUCGACCCCCCCACCCCCCCACCCCUCACCCUCAACCCUACUACCAGGUCGACCCCCCACCCCUCACCCCCAAUUCUACUACCAGGUCGACCCCCCCACCCCUCACCCCCAACCCUACUACCAGGUCGACCCCCCUCACCCCCCAACCCUACUACCAGGUCGACCCCCCUCACCCCCCAUCCUACUACCAGGUCGACCCCCCACCCCUCACCCCCAACCCUACUACCAGGUCGACCCCCCCACCCCCCACCCCUCACGCCCAACCCUACUACCAGGUUGACCCCCCUCACCCCCCAUCCUACUAUCAGGUUGACCCCCCCACCCCUCACCCCCAAUCCUACUACCAGGUCGACCCCCCUCACCCCUCAUCCUACUACCAGGUCGACCCCCCACCCCUCAUCCCCAAUCCUACUACCAGGUCGACCCCUCACCCCCCACCCCUCUCACAGAUUUAA